GUCAUCCACACCGGCGCGCGCUGAUAGACCCGGAAGUGUAGCGCACACGUGGUUGCCUGGGAAGCUGAGUCCUAUGAGGCUGGUUGGUCGGCUGCAGUGUACAGUAGCCGGGCUUGUUCGUCAUUCUCCGGCCAGGAGGAUGGCGUGUAGAGUAGUGAGGCUACCGGCCGGGGCCAGGGGAAGCAGGAACGGCCCGGACAAAGAUGUGAAGGGUUGGAAAGAAAUUCUCAACACUUCAGCGGGUAUUCUACAGCAAAGUGGAGUCAUUGGUGUACCUACUGAUACCAUCUAUGGCCUUGCUUGCUUGGCACAGAGCUCUCAGUCUAUUAGUAACAUCUACAAUGUAAAAGGAAGAAAUGGAACGAAACCUUUGGCUAUAUGUGUUGGAGACAUUGAGGAUAUCUACAAGUACUGUCACGUUAAUGUUCCAGACCAAUUGCUUCGUGAUUUGUUACCAGGACCAGUCACCCUUGUAAUGGAACGCUCAGAUGGCCUUAAUAAGGAGCUUAAUCCUUAUACUUCUUUGGUUGGCGUUCGUAUUCCUGACCAUGCAUUCAUCAGACAGCUGGCACAGAUCUGCUCGGAGCCUUUGGCACUGACAAGUGCCAACAUCAGUACGCUGGAGAGCACAUUGACAGUAGAGGAGUUUAAAGAUCUGUGGCCUAUGUUGUCUCUAGUAGUUGAUGGAGGACCUAUUGGAGACUUGGAGAGUCCAGAGUGUCGGUUGGGAUCAACAGUGGUUGACUUAUCUAUACCUGGGAAGUUUACAGUAAUCCGACCUGGGUGUGCUCUGAGCCCUACAUUGGAGAUCCUGACAAACAGACAUGGAUUAUUGGCCACCUCCUGACAUUUCAGUUGGACUGUUGUUCUCGCAAACCAAGGCAAUCUAUUUGCCAAAGACCAGCACAUGGCAAUAGCUAAAUCCUGCUGCUGAGGUGUGAGGAAUAGCAUGCCAUAUCUCCAUAGACUUUAGAAAGCAUGGGACCUUUUCCUUUACACCGUGGAUUAUGUUUGGAUCUUAAACCUCACCAGAAGGUUCACAAGAGAAGACCUUAUUUAUAAUUUCAUCUGUUAGAUUUUCACAAAAAAACAUAGAUCAUUGAAUUUGAACUCGCUUUGUUAGCGCACACUGCUUUGUUUCCAGUUUUAUUUAUGUCUUAUAUCUAUGUUGCAAGUUUUAAAUUGGAAUUAAAAGUCUUUAAACU